GUAGUGUUUGCUAAUGUUGGAGCUGUCUGCAAAGUGUCCCUGGCAAGAAGUUUUGGGAGCCCUGAGGGAUACAGAACUGUUUGAUCAAUAUUGUCUUAAUAUGCUUCAAAUAAACCAGCUUCUCUCCAAGAUAAAAUGACAAAACCCAAAGAGAAAACUCCAAUGUGUCUGGUAAAUGAGUUGGCCCGUUUCAAUAGCAUCCAAUCCCAGUAUAAACUUCUGAAUGAAAGCGGGCCUGCUCAUUCAAAGAUGUUCUCAGUGCAGCUGAGUCUUGGAGAACAGACAUGGGAAUCGGAGGGGAGCAGUAUAAAGAAGGCCCAGCAAGCCAUUGCUAAUAAAGCUUUGACUGAGUCUACGCUUCCCAAGCCAGUCCAGAAACUGCCCAAAAGUAAUGUUAACAAUAACCCAGGCAGUAUAACUCCAACUGUGGAACUGAAUGGGCUUGCUAUGAAAAGGGGAGAGCCUGCCACCUACAGGCCGUUAGACCCAAAGCCAUUCCCAAAUUAUAGAGCUAAUUACAACUUUCGGGGCAUGUACAAUCAGAGGUAUUAUUGCCCAGUACCUAAGAUCUUCUAUGUUCAGCUGACUGUAGGAAAUAAUGAAUUUUUUGGUGAAGGAAAGACUCGACAAGCUGCAAGACACAAUGCUGCAAUGAAGGCCCUCCAAGCACUACAGAAUGAGCCUAUUCCAGAGAAGUCAGCUCAGAAUGGUGAAUCAGGAAAAGAAAUGGAUGAUGACAAAGAUGCAAAUAAAUCUGAGAUCAGCUUAGUAUUUGAAAUUGCUCUGAAACGAAAUAUGCCUGUCAGUUUUGAGGUAUGUGCUGUUUGGAGACCUUGCAAUUUUUUUCUGUUUUGUGUUUAUUUUUAACAAAGAGAUAGAAUU